AUAACAUUAAUAUUCUAUUGAUGCAACUUGUUAAUUAAGAAAUAUAAAUAAAAUAAUGUAAAAAAUAUACACACACACAAGCACAUGUGUACACACACACGAGGGGUAAAUGGCUAAGUAUUUUAAUUUUACUUAGAUGUGCUCAUCCCUGUAAUCCUAGCACUUUGGGAGACUGAGGCAGGAGGAUCACUUGAGCUCAGGAGUUUGAGACCAGCCUGGGUAACAUAGUGAGACCUCAUCUCUACUUAAAAAAAAAAGCUAAUAAUAAAUAAAUAAAAUAAGAAUAAAGAAUUACAUGAUUGAGUUGAAUCUUGGAUGGUGAGAAAUAAAUGAUUCAGAUUUAAGCUAUAGGCCAGGUGCAGUGGCUCACACCUGUAAUCCCAGCACUUUGGGAGGCCGAGGCAGGUGGAUCACCUGAGGUCAGGCGUUCAAGAUCAGCCUGGCCAACAUGGUGAAACUCCAUCUCUACUAAAAAUACAAAAUUACCCGAGUGUGGCAGCACAUGCUUGUAAUCCCAGCUACUCAGAAGGCUGAGGCCAGAGGAUCACUUGAACCCUGGAGGCAGAGGUUACAGUGAGCUGAGCUUGCACCACUGCACUCCAGCCUGGGUGACAAAGACUCCGUCUCAAAAAUAAAAUAAAAUAAAGAUUUAAUCUAUAUUUGUAGUUUAGAAACUAAUGAUUCCAGAUCAUAGAGAUUGUUGAAAUUGGUUAUUAUUGAGAACAUGGCAGAAAUUAUGCUAUUCUCAUCAGAUCUCUUGCUUUUCUCCACAGAUAUCCUUUGCUUUAAUUUUCCUUCUAAGAUGAUCAAACUUCCUGGUUUUAUUACCAUACAAAUCUUUUAUCCACAAGCCAGCUUUGGAAUUUCAGCAAACACCAUCCUUCUUCUUUUCCACAUCUUCACCUUUGUUUUCAGUCACAGGUCUAAGUCCAUUGACAUGAUAAUUAGUCACCUGUCCCUCAUCCACAUACUGCUGCUCAUCACCCAGGCAAUAUUGGUGUCCUCAGACUUUUUUGGUUCACAGAAUACUCAGGAUGAUCUUAGGUGUAAGGUCAUUGUCUUUUUAAACAAGGUGAUGAGGGGCCUCUCCAUCUGCACCACCUGCCUCCUGAGUGUGCUCCAGACCAUCAUCAGCCCCAGCAUCUCCUCCUUGGCAAAGCUCAGACAUCCUUCUGCAAGUCACAUCUUAGGAUUCUUCCUCUUCUCACGAGUCCUCAACAUACUCAUUGGUAGUAAUCUUCUGCUGUACACUGUGGCUACCCCCAGUGAAACGGGGCCAGUCCUGUUUGUCAUGCAGCACUGUUCCUUUUUGCCCAUGAGCUACACCCACAGGAGACUGUUUUUCACACUAAUGACUUUGAGGGAUGUCACCUUUAUAGGGUUCAUGGUCCUCUCAAGAGGCUACAUGGUGAUUAUUUUAUACAGACAUAAGAGGCUAUCUCAGUGCCUUCACACAGCCAGCCUGUCCCCCAAAGUCUCACCAGUGAAAAGAGCCUCCCAGACUAUCUUACUGCUUGUGAGUUGUUUUGUCUUCAUAGAUUGGGUGGACUUUAUGUUCUCAUUUUCAAGGGGUGUGACAUGGAUAAAUGAUUCUCUGCUAGUGUGGUUCCAGGUUAUUGUGGCCAAUAGCUAUGCCACAAUUAGUCUUUUGAUGCUAAUUUAUGCUGAUAAGCAAAUAUUCAAGACUCUGCAAAUGUUAUGGUUUAAAUAUUUGUCUCCUCCAAAACUCAAGUUGAAAUUUAAUCGCCAAUGUGGCAGUACUAAGAAGUGAUGAGAGGUUAAUCCAUUCAUGAACUCAUGAAUUAAUGGAGUAUCAUGAGAAUGGGUCUGGUGGCUUUAGAAGAAGAGGAAGAGAGACCAUUCAGCCUCCUUGGCAUAUGAUGCCCUCUGCUGCCUCAGGACACUACAGAGUUCCCACCAGCAAGAAGGCUCUGAUCAUCUGGUGAGAUAUUGGACCUUCCAUAACUGUAAUAAGCAAAUUCCUUUUCAUUAGAAGUUGCCCAGUUUCAGGCAUUGUGUUAUAAGCAGCAGUAAAUGGACUAAGAUGGAAAGUUGUCAGAAAAUAAGAAUAAAUGUUUAAAAAGAAGUGAUGAAAAUUAAGACUUAAAAAUGAAAUUGGCCAUCACCUAGGAUUUUUAAAUGUCACAUGAUAUUUUGUCUCUGUGUAAAUUUUUAACGGGUAUUACUAAUCUCUGUUGCAUCUGAUUUAGAAACUUUUAUAAUAUGGCAGAAAAGUACUUGUAAUAAUUGAUCACAUUUUAUACGUCAAUCAUAUAUGUCCAUAGGCUUUUUUUUUUUUUUUUUUUUGAGAUGGAGUUUCGCUCUUCUUGCCCAGGCUGGAGUGCAAUGGCAUGAUUUCGGCUCACUGCAACCUCUGCCUUCAAGCGGAGGAUCUGUUGGUUUUGAGUUAUAUUUACCCAGCAUAGUCAAGGAAAACCUAAACAAAGACAUUAAUUUGAAAAUGCCCCAGCUGUAGGGCAUGGGGCUUUUGGAAGAAGCAAAUACAAAUUUUCUUUUUUUUUGAGAUAGGGGUCUCUCUAUGUUGCCCAGGUUAGUGUUAAACUCCUGGGCUCAAGCAAUCUUUUCACCUUAGCCUCCCAAGGAGGUCCAGGUUCAAGCGAUUCUCCUGCCUCAGCCUCUGGAGUAGCUGGAAUUACAGGCGCCUGCCACCAUGCCUAGCUAAUUUUUUGUAUUUUUAGUAGAGACGAGGUUUCAUCAUGUUGGCCAGGCUGGUCUCCAACUCCUGAUCUCAGACGAUCCACCCGCCUUGGCCUCCCAAAGUGCAGGGCUUAUAGGCGUGAGCCACCAUGCCCGGCCUUCCAUAGGCCUUUUAUUUCUUGUGUUCUAUUCUUUUUUUUCACAUCUCAAGCCAGAUUUCUGGCAUCAUUUUCUUUUUUCCUGAAUUAUAUUAUUUGAAAAUUGUUUUAUUGAAGAUCAGUUUAGGUGGACUGUUGCCAUAUGAUCUGAAAUGUCUUUCAUUCUCCUUUUUGUAAGAGUUAAAGUAUACAGUUUUAUGUUGAC